GAUAAUUACGGUAAACCAGUUUUGGAUCCAGAUGGUGACUACAUAUUACUGGAUCCACACGGAAUAGCUAGGAGUCCAAGUGGACGACCAUAUUUUCUUGAUGGCAAUGGACAACUUAUUAUUGGGCCAGAUGAUAAACCAAUUAUAAUUGGCGAUGAUGGAAAACCAUUUACUUCCGAUGGAAGACCAAUUCUACUAGAUGCAUAUGGUAAACCAAUAACUGGAGAAGGCGGAAUACCGAUUGCUUUAAGAGGUCCAUUUAAAGAUUUUAUGAAGCCUUAUGGUUGGAAACCAGGUGAUUUAUUGUUUGAUAAACAUGGUAACCCUAUUUUGGAUAAAGACGGUAAAAACAUUGUAUUAGGACCAGAUGGUAUACCAAGAAAUAAGGACGGACAGCCAUAUUUCCUGGAUGAUGAACAACAACCGAUCAUUGCAUCAGAUGGUAAACCCAUAUUGAUUGGGGAAAAUGGUAAACCUAUAACUUCGGAAGGAAGACCGAUCCUUAUCGAUGAAAACGGACGCCCAAUCAUUGGCCAAGAUGGAUUUCCAAUUGCUUUAGGUUCAGCAUCUAUAACCAGGAGUCCAAGUGGACGACCAUAUUUUCUUGAUGGCAACGGACAACUUAUUAUUGGGCCAGAUGAUAAACCUAUUAUAAUUGGUGACAACGGAAAACCAGUAACUUCUGAUGGAAGACCAAUUCUAGUUGAUGAACAUAAUAAACCAAUAACUGGAGUAAACGGAAUACCGAUUGCUUUGGGACCACCACAUAAAGAUUUUAUUAAGCCUCAUGGUAAAAAACUAGGUGAUUUAUUGUUUGAUAAAUAUGGUAAUCCUAUUUUGGAUAAAGACGGUAAAAACAUUGUAUUAGGACCGGACGGUAUACCAAGAAAUAAGGACGGACUGCCAUAUUUCCUGGAUGAUGAUCAACAACCGAUCAUUGCAUCAGAUGGUAAACCCAUAUUGAUUAAUGAAAAUGGAAAACCUGUCACUUCGGAUGGAAGAUCGAUCCUUAUCGAUGAAAACGGACGCCCAAUCAUUGGCCACGAUGGAUUACCCAUUGCUUUAGGGCCACCACUUGAAGAUAAGAAAAUACCUUGCGGAGGUAUUUGUGGGUUACGAAAAAGGGGUUUAAAACCUGAUGAAGUUCUUUUGGAUAAUUACGGUAAACCAGUUCUGGAUCCAGAUGGUGACUACAUAUUACUGGAUUCACACGGGAUAGCCAGGAGUCCAAAUGGACGACCGUAUUUUCUUGAUGGCAAUGGACAACUUAUUAUUGGACCAGAUACUAAACCUAUUAUAACUGGUAAUGACGGAAAACCAGUUACAUCCGAUGAAAGACCAAUUCUACUAGAUGCAUAUGAUAAACCAAUAACUGGAGAAGGCGGAAUACCGAUUGCUUUAAGAGGUCCACUUAAAGAUUUUAUGAAGCCUUAUGGUAGGAAACCAGGUGAUUUAUUGUUUGAUAAAUAUGGUAACCCUAUUUUGGAUAAAGACGGUAAAAACAUUGUAUUCGGAUCGGACGGUAUACCAAAAAAUAAGGACGGACAGCCAUAUUUCCUUGAUGAUGAGCAACAACCGAUCAUUGCAUCAGAUGGUAAACCCAUAUUGAUUGGGAAAAAUGGAAAACCUGUAACUUCGGAAGGAAUACCGAUUCUUAUCGAUGAAAACGGACGCCCAAUCAUUGGCCAAGAUGGAUUUCCUAUUGCUUUAGGUCCAACACCUAUAACCAGGAGUCCAAGUGGACGACCAUAUUUUCUUGACGGCAACGGACAACUUAUUAUUGGGCCAGAUGAUAAACCUAUUAUAAUUGGUGACAACGGAAAACCAGUAACUUCCGAUGGGAGACCAAUUCUAGUUGAUGAACAUAAUAAACCAAUAAUUGGAGUAAAUGGAUUACCGAUUGCUUUGGGACCACCACGUAAAGAUUUUAUGAAGCCUCAUGGUAGAAAACAAGGUGAUUUAUUGUUUGAUAAAUAUGGUAACCCUAUUUUGGAUAAAGACGGUAAAAACAUUGUAUUUGGAUCGGACGGUAUACCAAGAAAUAAGGACGGACUGCCAUAUUUCCUUGAUGAUGAACAACAACCAAUUAUUGCAUCAGAUGGUAAACCCAUUUUAAUUGGGGAAAAUGGAAAACCUAUAACUUCGGAGGGAAGACCGAUCCUUAUUGACGAAAGUGGACGCCCAAUCAUUGGCCGCGAUGGAUUACCAAUUGUUUUAGGGCCACCAUCUGGAGAUAAGAAAAUACCUUGUCGGGCUAUUUGUGGGUUACAUAAAGAAGGUUUAAAACCUGAAGAAGUUCUUUUGGAUAAUUACGGUCAACCAGUUUUGGAUCCAGAUGGUGAAUAUAUAUUGUUAGAUCCAUAUGGAAUAGCCAGAAGUCCAAGUGGGCAACCGUAUUUUCUUGAUGACAACGGUCAACUUAUUAUUGGACAAGAUGAUAAACCCAUUGUACGUGGAGACGACGAAAAACCCAUCAGUUCCGAUGGGAGACCAAUUUUGACUGAUGCAUAUGGUAAACCAAUAAUUGGAGAAGACAGAAAACUGAUUGUUUUGGGACCACCACCUAAAGAUUCUAUGAAGCUAUUUGAUAGAAAACCAGGUGACUUAUUGCUCAAUAAAUAUGGUAAUCCUAUUUUGGAUGAAGACGGCAAAAAUAUUGCAAUAGGACCAGAUGGCAUACCUAGAAAUAAGGAGGGGCAGUCGUAUUUCCUGGAUGAUGAACAACAACCGAUGUUUACGUCAGAUGGCAGACCCAUAUUGAUUGGUGAAAAUGGAAAACUUGUAACUUCGGAAGGAAGACCGAUUCUUCUCGAUGAAGACGGACGUCCAUUCAUUGGCUAUAACGGAUUACCAAUUGCUUUAGGACCACCACCGAAAGAUAAAAAAGUAUCUUGCCGGGCUAUUUGUGGGUUACAUAAAAUGGGUUUAAAACCCGAAGAAGUUCUUUUGGAUAAUUACGGUCAACCAGUUUUGGAUCCAGAUGGUGAAUAUAUAUUGUUGGAUCCAUAUGGAAUAGCCAGAAAUCCAAGUGGGCAACCGUAUUUUCUUGAUGACAAUGGUCAACUUAUUAUUGGACAAGAUGAUAAACCCAUUGUACGUGGAAACGACGGAAAACCUAGCAGUUCCGAUGGGAGACCAAUUUUGACUAAUGCAUAUGGUAAACCAAUAAUUGGAGAAGAUGAAAAACCGAUUGUUUUGGGACCACCACCUAAAGAUUCUAUGAAGCCAUAUGAUAGAAAACCAGGUGACUUAUUGCUCGAUAAAUAUGGUAAUCCUAUUUUGGAUGAAGACGGCAAAAAUAUUGUAAUAGGACCAGAUGGCAUAUCUAGAAAUCAGGACGGGCAGCCAUAUUUCCUGGAUGAUGGACAACAACCUAUCAUUGCAUCAGAUGGCAAACCCAUAUUGAUUGGGAAAAAUGGAAAACCUAUGACAUCAGAAGGAAGACCGAUUUUAAUCGAUGAAAAUGGACGUCCAAUCAUUGGCCAUGAUGGAUUACCAAUUGCUUUAGGGCCACCAACACAUCCAGAUGGUGAAUAUAUAUUGUUGGAUUCAGAUGGAAUACCCAGAAGUCGAUUAUUUCUCGAUAAUUAUGGACAACAUGGUAAACCAUAUAAAAAACCUGCAUCAUCAGAUGGUAUGUCGACCUUUGAUGAAAAAGGAGGCUGGAAGCAUUCUCAAGAAUUGCCACGACAAAUUCCGAAACCUGGUGAUAUCUUAAUGGAUAAAUAUGGCAAUCCAAUUUUAAAUCCGGAUGGUGGAAACAUCUUCCUUGAUUCAGAUGGAUUUCCUAGAAGCCCCAACGCGUGGCCGUAUAUGCUUGAUGAAAACAGACAACUUAUUAACGGACCAGAUAAUAAACCAUUAUUGAUAGAUGUAAAUAGGAAACCAGUGACCUCAGAUGGUAGACCUAUUCUUCAAGAUGAAAAUGGAAAACCGAUUCUUGGAGAAAAUAAUUUACCGAUUGCGUUAGAGCAAGCCCCCAAAGAUGACGAACCACCAAGGAGGCAUUCAAAACCUGGUGAUAUCCUAUUGGACAGUUACGGCCACCCGAUUUUAAGUCCGAAAGGUGCAUAUAUUUUCUUAGAUGGAUGUGGCAGACCUAGAUCUGACAAAGGGUGGCCGUACUUUCUCGAUGGUGAUGGACAACUUAUCAAUGGACCAGAUGCUAAACCACUGCUGAUCGGAGCAAAUGGAAAACCUGUCACUUCAAGCGGAAGUCCAAUUCAGCUAGAUGAAAAUUAUAAACCGAUAUUUGGAGAAAAUAAUUUAUUGGCUGAUGUAGAUAAAAAUGGUCCAGAUGGGCAACUAUAUUUACUUGAUGAAGACGGAAAUAUUGUCAGGGCACCAGAUGAAGAACUAUUACUACUAGAUGACACUGUUACAAUUGUAUUAGAUAAGUACGGUAUUCCAGUUUUGGAUUUAGAUGGUAAUUAUAUACCAGUCGGGGCAGACGGUGUUCCUAGAAGUCCAGAUGGACGACCCUACUUACUCGAUGGUGUUGGACAUCUUAUUAUUGGUCCCGAUGGUAAACCAUUAGUAAUUACACGUUAUGGCCAGCCAACAACCUCAGAUGGUAGGCCAGUUCUUAUGGAUGAAUAUAAUCAACCAGUCUUAGGUGCAGAUGGGUUACCCAUUGCUUUAGGUCCUAUACCUAAAGUUACAGAUGUGGAUAAACCUUGCCGUGCUCUUUGUGGUCUAUAUAAAGAAGGCUUAAAACCAGAUGACGUUCUGUUGGACUUAUUUGGUAACCCAGUUUUGGAUCCAUAUGGAGAAUAUAUUCUAUUAGAUGGGAAUGGGAAACCUAGAAGUCCAGACGGAAGACAAUUUUUACUAAAUGAGAAUGGCCAACUACUGAAGGGACCAAAUGAUAAACCUGUUGUGAUUGGGAACGAUGGAAAAACUGUAACUUAUGAUGGCAAACCAAUUUCCAUAGACGAUGAUGGAAAGACAAUUCUUGAUGUAGAAAAUAAGGUACCAAUUGUGUCAGGAACAACAGGUAGUAAACCAGAAGAGCUGGGAGUAAAGGACGAACCUAAAACUUCCAACCUGGAUCAAACGAAACAACCGAUGCUCGGUCAUGAUCGAUUAUCGAGUAUACCAGAGCCUCCUCCUAAGAGACCUUGUAGGGGAAUUUGUGCCUUAAGAAAAAAGGGUUUAAAACCAGAUGACAUUCUUUUGAAUAAAUUCGGCAAGCCAGUUUUGGAUCCAGAAGGCGAAUUUAUAAUUUUAGAUCCAAAUGGUAAACCCAGAAGUUCAGAUGGGCGACCAUAUUAUCUUGAUAAAGAUAAAAAUCUUGUUAAUGGGCCAGAUGAUAAGCCUAUGUUAGUGGGAUUAGAUGGAAAUCCAGUGACUUCUGAUGGUAUGCCAAUCCUUUUGGAUAAAAACAAGGCAGCAAUAUUUGGACAAGAUGGAAAGCCAAUAAUUAUAAAAACUUAUCCUACGGAUAAGAGUUACGCCCCAGUUAAUACUGAUGAAGUCCAGGAUGGUAGACCAUAUUUUCUCGAUGAAGAUAAAAACAUUAUUGAUGGGCCGGAUGGUAAUCCUUUAAUGUUAGGCUUGGGAGGAAUUCCCGAGACUUUCGACGGUAAGCCAGUUCUUUUAAAUGAAUACGGGCGACCGAUAUUGGGAAGUGAUGGGUUACCCAUAUUAAAAUUAUCUGAAAAUGAAACAACAUCGAGUGGUAAGCCCCGUCCUGCAAGUAACAUACAAGACGGUAAUCUGCCGAUUUUGGGACCAAAUGACCUGCCAUUACAAACGAGAAAUGGUAAGAUUGUAACAUCCGAUGGUCGGCCCGUUUUACUAGGCCAAGAUGGAAAUCUUAUCCUUGGGAUUGAUGGUAAACCUGUUGUCUUGUCGCCUAAUGGGGGACGAUUGAUAUUUGGCCCAGACGAAGAAUACCAUACCAUAAGUGAAAACCCAACCCGCUCGGAACUGAUUCAAUUGGGUAUCGUACCUGUUGUACUAGGUCCAAAUGGAAGACCAAUUCUCGGACCCGAUGAUAAACCUAUAACCUUAGGUGAUGGUGGCAGACCAGUGACUUCUUACGGUACUCCAGUACUGACGUUCCCAGACGGCGUUCCAAUGUUAGGACCAAACGAUAAACCAGUUUUUGUUGGACCUAUUGGUUUACCAGUUACUUCAGAUGGAAGGCCUGUUCUAAUCGAUCGGAAUGGACAACCAUUGCUUGAUGAUAAUGGGAGGGUAAUGAUUGCGAUGUCGUGUACGAAUCCUUAUGUAAAAGCUCUGGAUGUUGGCAGAUUUACAUACCCUACAAGAAGUACUGCUUCCAUCCAACAUUUAUCUAGUCAGCAAGAUCCGUCUAAAAGGCGGGAAGGAAAAUCAACUGAAAAUGACUUAAGACAAAAUAUGAGGGAAGAACCAAAAUCUACUAAAGAGUUUGUCGAAAAUCCUAAAGGAAUUGCUAGAUCACAUCUGGAAGACAUCAGAGAAAGAGAUACGUCUGAAGACAUUUCUGAAGUGGAAGAAGAUGACAUUCCAAAAUCAAUAACUGAGAGGAUUUUCGAACGUAAGAAAGUACAUGCUCUCUCAGCUUCAGCAAGCGAUGAAUUUUAUAGUGCGGAAGAUUACGGGCCAAACGAUGUUCCUUUGGAUAAAGGAAUACCCCCCGGCAGAUUAAAAACUGGCCAGAGUACAUGUAAAUUACAUUCUAAACGAAGACCAGUAUUGGUUGAAAAGAAUGGCUACGGUCCAGAAGAUUAUGGACCGGAUGAUAAAAUCAGAAAUGUUGAUACUGAUGAAGAUUCUACAAUACUUAUGGGAGGAACUUUAAUUUGUGGGCGACAACCUCGUAAAAAGAAAAAUAAUGAUAAGAUUAAACAUGAAACAAAAUUGUCGAUGGAAGAUGUAAGCAUUUCUUCACAAAAGAAACCACGUAGAAAAAGUAAAGACAAACAAUUUGAAGAAAAUGAUAUUGGGCCAAUUUCUGAAGUUCAACGCAACAGAAAAUGUCAGUUAGAAAGUCAAAAAUUCCGUCGUGCACUGGAUGAGUCUCAACAUGAUAUUAUUAUGUCUUACGAUAGACAACUAGUUAAACCAGCAGAAAAAAGUGAUGAUCAAUGGGUUCAUCAAGUUCGUCGAAGAGCAAAAUCACCUCCAAAAAGCAGAGAUGUUCAACGUAUCCAAGAUAGAUCUGGACACGAUAUAAUUAUGUCUUAUGAUGGACAAUUAGUAAAACCAGCUGAAAAAAGUGACGACCAUUCAGUUCACCAAAAUCACCGAAGGGCAAAAUCACCUCCAAAAAGUAGAGAUGUUCAACGUAUCCAGGAUAGAUCUGGACACGAUAUAAUUAUGUCUUAUGAUGGACAAUUAGUAAAACCAGCUGCAGCUGAAGAAAGUGACGACCAUUCAGUUCACCAAAGUCACCGAAGGGCAAAAUCACCUCCAAAAAGUAGAGAUGUUCAACGCAUCCAAGAUAUAUCUGAACGCGAUAUAAUAAUGUCUUAUGAUAGACAAUUAGUAAAACCAGCUGACGAAAGUGACGACCAAUCAGUUUGUCAAGGUCACCGAAGGGUAAAAUCACCUCCUAAGAGUAGAGAUGUUCAACGCAUCCAAGAUAGAUCUGAGCACGAUAUAAUAAUGUCUUAUGAUAGACAACUAGUGAAGCCAAAAGAAGAAAAGGAUGUAAGUUCCUUUUGUGCAGCACACCGAAGUAAAAAACAUCAUUUAAAGGAUAUAGAUUUACGACAUACACCAGGGGAAUCCCAACACGAUAUAAUAAUGUCAUAUGAUAAGCAAUUAGUAAAACCACAAGAAAAAAUACAUAAACGUCCAUCUCAUACCUCCCAUCUUAGUAGAAAACAACCUUCAACGAGUCAAGAUGCACACGAUAACCAAUUUGGAAAAUCACCGAAAGACAAUUCUGUGUCUGAACCUCGCCAUAUGACAAAACGACCUUCAAGCAACCAAAUAACAAGUGGAAAACCGAUUAAGAGUCACGACUUACAACACAUUCCAAGUGAAUCGCAGCAAGACGUAAGAGUUUUCGAUGAAAAGCUGGAAGAAAAACACGACAGAUCAGCUAGCGUGUCUCAAGAGACUAAAAGACGUCGAUCAUCAAAGUGCCCGGCCGUUUGUCCUACAGGAGUGCACCGCAAAGUGAGAAAUGAAACACCUCCUGGCGAUCGCAGACAUCUGUACAAGAAGAAGAGAAAAGACCAAGACGAAUUGGACGACAAGUCCAAGACUGAAUCAACUUGCAACAAGUCCAAAGACAACCCGUGCAAAUGCAAAGCUAAAGACAUCAAAGAGCGAGUGUGUACGUGCAAGCCUCAAGAGAAGACCUUAUCCAAAGAUAUUCUAUCGGCAAUAGUGAGUAGGGCGAGGAAAAGGUCGGCACAGUUAGCUGCUAUGUCUGGUGGCGUCUUCGUACCACCAGCCACAACCGAAACCGUCGUCAAGUCGGAAUUCUCCGUGACUUUGGUAGAAAAACUGACCAUGGCGGAUGGCCAAUGCGUCUCGCACACCGAGGACUUCGUACAUAAGACGGAGAAGACCUGCACCACAAUCAUGUCACCCAGGCGGAUGGACUACACCGACGACGAUGAAACAAAAGAAGCACUUCAAGAGAAGGACGUGAUCAUCGAUAAGCUGAACUCAGAACUAAAAAAGGUCAAGGAAGCUUUCUACGAAGAACAGUGCAAAGUUACAAAACAAACUCUAAGUCAAUUGGAUAACCUCAAAAGUCUAGUGCAGCAAAGAAAUGAUUUAAAAACUAAAUUGGAGCGUUCACGCCAUGAUCUGAAGAAGCUUCAGGAUGUUCCACCAGAAGCAGAACAUCUAAAAAAUAUAUCCGAUGAAUACUAUAUUCCCUUUGCUUUGGAACACACCACCAGCGAUGACAUCCACGUGUUAGAAAACGAAAUCGAGGUAAUGAAAGCCUGCCCACUGACGCCAGCUUUGGAGGCUGAAAUCAUGAAGAAAGAAUUGGAGGUGCUCAAGAAGUACUGCGCCAAAAUGUCCACCGUACAAAAUGAAAAUCAACGCCUAAAAAAGGACUUGAAUAACAUCAGCACCCAGUUAAAGGUGGCCAAUAACACUCUAAACGAACUGGGCGUCACUGACCCCGAAAACGCCUUCCAAAUAGACCUGUUACAGGAAAAACUAAAAACCUACCACGAGAUUCAAUGUGAAAGAAACAAUCUGAAACGCAUGAACAGCAUACUAGAAUCGGAGCUACAACAAAAUCGCACGCAACUGGAGGAAUCGCAAGGGUUACGAGUCCAAGCCGACUUCGUUAGCAAGGUGGUGGAAGAAAGGUUCCAGCUUCGCAAAAAGGUCGGGGAAUUGCACCAAAUUGAGCAAGAGGUCGCCGAAUUGAGAAGAAGGGCAAACCAAGUGGACGACCUGGAACACCAGCUCUACGUCGCGGCCAAAUCCAACGAGCUGUUUGAAGAUCAAUUGGGCCAGAUGCGUCGCGAACUCGACGACAAAUGUUGCGAAAUCAAAACGUACAAGGAACAAGAACAGAAGCUCCGCGAUCAGAUCAAGAGUAUAGAAAUGGAGAAAUCCAAACUAGAGUCGGUUGUUCACGAAGCUGAGAUGCUUCGAUUGGAGAAAGUGACCUUGGAACGCAACAUUGAGAAUCUAAGUCGCAUUAACAACGACUACGAGGAAAUGUGUUCGAAGAUGGAAUGCAUGGAGAGCCUCAAACUGGAGGCGGACAUGUACAGGGAAGGUAUGAGGAAGCUGGAGGAGGUGACCCAAGAGAACGAGUAUCUUAGACAAGAGGCCGAACGAAUUAACAUGAUCCAAGAAGAAAAGGAUGAGUUGAGUGACCAAGUGAUGCAAAUGGAGCAGUCGAUCAAUUGCCAGGAAUGCGAGAUCAAACGGCUGGUGUGUUAUAUCGACAACUACUCCAAAGCUCAGGCCCAGAAACAGAAAAAUCUGAAUGAUCAGCUAGACUCUGUGAAGCAGCAAUUGGACAAAAAGAAUAAACAAAUUGAUGGUCUAAACAAAGAGAUGAGCAAAAUGUCCAUGAAACUAGAAAAAGAAUCAAUGAGCAGCACCAUACUGCAAGAAUUGGACGAAGCACGCUCAGAGAACUCCAGAAUACAAGAAGAACUCAAGACGACCUCCAAUCAAUGUUUGAGUCUUAAUGAAGAACUGGAAAACACUCGUCGAAGGUACAAGGACUUGGAAGAGGAGAUCAAAUCUAUUAAUAUGGAGAAAAGUGACACAAUGAAAAACGUGGAGUCGGAAAAUACUUUAUUGCGCAAAGAAAUGCAGGCACUUCAGCUGGAGAAUAGUAAGAGGGACUGCUUGAUAAAAGAAAUGGAGAAAGAGAUUUCUAAAUUGACGAUGACAUUGAAGGACAACGGUGAUCUAACAUCACAUUAUGAAAUGGAAUUUAAGAAGUACCAGGAUGUAAUAGAUGAACACGAAACCAUAAUUUCAUUCCUACACAUGUGUUUAGAAGAUAGGAAUGCUCUGAUAACAGGGUUGGACAGUGAGAUGUACAACAUUCGUGCAAUGUAUGAAUAUGGGUGCAACUGCUUAGCGACUAUCCAAGAGGAAUUAGAAAGGACUAAGCGAGAGAAAAAUGAGCUGGAGAAGAUGAUGGGAGACGGAGGUAAACUAGAAUUAGACAGUAAGUACUUAGAAGCUUUACAGCGGGCACAAAGCUGCGUGAAAUCAAUGUCCACAGCUUUAGAUACACGUUACCAGCAGUGGGGGAAAAUAAAGGAGAACUUAGAAAAUUCCCCACAGAAAAAUACCACUCAGAAAACAACCAACAGUGACUACAGAUGCCGAUGUUCCAAUAAACCAGUCACCCAAACAAAAAUAUUCCAGGAUUCAAACGAUAAAUCCAGCAUUAGUUCGAUGGGAGACAUGGAAAAUGAGUGUUCGAGCUCGGAAAGCUCAGAAGGCAGCUGCGAUUGCAAUGAAGCAGACCCUUGCAUCUGUUGCAAAUGCGAAGGUACCUGUUCGUGUAGCUUUUCCGAAGACGGCAUCUGCGAGUGUUGCAAGUGCAGCUCGUCCGAAAGCGUCAUCGAAUCUAGCAGUACUACUAGUAGUUUGGAGAAGGACAAACCUCGAAGAGUGCCGUGUCCUAAACUGGCAAAGGAUGCGCAAAUGCAAACUAAGGGUGAACCCAAAGACAAGAGUACCGGUCGAGGUAGUACGAAAACUGAUAAACCUGGUGGUGAACAAAAAGAUGACGAAUAUCGUGCGACAAGUAAGCGGGAGUCGAAAGACAAAUACAGAAAGGAUGAAUUUGAAAAGAUUACUCUUGAAAAGCAUCCUGCUAAACAAUAUAUAGAUUUGUCUAAAGGAAAACGAAUUGUGUGCGGUGGCAAAGACCAAAUUUGUCCAAAAAUGACUAAAGCAACUGAAACACCAAAAGAAACAACGGUUUGUGGAAAAGAUCAGGUCUGUCCGAAGUUUGGCAAACCUGCUGGAAGGCCAAAAUAUGACGCUGAUGGUAUUCAUCCGAUAAUAGAAGAAUCUGAUGAUGAGAAAAUUGAUAAAAUUCAUGUAAAGAGUUUGGACACAUUCAAAGAUUCGAAAGGCGGAAGUAGAGACCAAGUAUUUCCAAAAACUAGGAGUGCUGAGGAGCCUAUGGAGGAAUAUGAAGUUAUAAAGGGAAGUUCGUCAGCCUUCAAAAAAACACAUAGUGUAACACCUAUGAUCAGGUCACUUAGGGAGCCACUUAAAGAUGAUCCUGAUACAACUGGGAAAAGAAAUAAACAAUCAAAUGAUGUGAUUUGUGGAAAAGAUGGUCAAAUCUGUCCAAAAACUACCCACCCUGUAACUCAUAUAGAUGCAAGCACCGAAUGUGGCAGAGAAGGUCAAGUCUGCCCAAAAACUGGCCAAGCUGGUUAUGAAUAUGAUAAAUAUGAUAAACCAAGCAGUUCCAAAAGGUAUACAGAUACAAGCGACGUAUGUGGCAAAGACAGCCACAUUUGUCCUGUAACUGGCGAACCUAGUUACAGAAGAUUCAAAGAUUUUAUCCAAGACACAGCAACCAGUUCCAAAAUGUACAUCGAUGAAAGCACCGUAUGCGGAAAAGACAGUCAUAUAUGUCCAGUGACUGGCCAACCUGGUGUAGUAACCGAUCGGCCAGGUAGAGGUCUUGAUAAAUUGGCAAGUGAUGGAAAGAAAGUCCCAGACAGUAUGAAAACUGUUGAUGAUACAUUAUUGUGUUCUAGUACCAUUUAUGACGAAACAUCGGCAGAACGAAUUGACAGAUAUUUACCAGGCGAAGAACCCACAAUGCUUCUCCUAGACGAUACAGGAAGACUGAUAUCACCAGCGGAAGCCGAUAAAUAUUUACCAGGGCAACAAAUCAGUAAGCCGGUUGUAGAUGGCAUAGGAAGUCCAUUAACUCAUUCAGUAAGAAUUUACGGACCUCCAAUAGCAGAUUUUGGUAGAUCUUUAGCAGCACAACCACCCACAAUGCUUCCUCUAGAUGAAGAAGGAAGACCAAUAUCACCAGCGGAAGCUGAUAAAUAUUUACCAGGGCAACAAAUCGGUAAGCCUCCUGUAGAUGAUACAGGAAGGCCGUUAACUCAACCAGCAGUAACUGAUGGACCUUCAAUAGGAGGUUUUGGUAGAUCUCUAGCAGCACAACCACCUCCAAUACUUCCUCUAGAUGAUAAAGGGAGACCGAUAUCACCAGCGGAAGCCGAUAAAUAUUUACCAGGAUACCAAGCCGGAAAGCUGCCUUUAGACGAUACUGGAAUACCAUUAUCUCAACCAGCGAGAACUGAUACACCUUCAUUAGGAGGUUUUGGUAGAUCUUUAGCAGCACAACCACCUCCAAUGCUUCCUCUAGAUGAUAAAGGGAGACCGAUAUCACCAGCGGAAGCCGAUAAAUAUUUACCAGGAUACCAAGCCGGAAAGCUGCCUUUAGACGAUACUGGAAUACCAUUAUCUCAACCAGCGAGAACUGAUACACCUUCAUUAGGAGGUUUUGGUAGAUCUUUAGCAGCACAAUCACCUCCAAUGCUUCCUCUAGAUGAUAAAGGGAGACCGAUAUCACCAGCGGAAGCCGAUAAAUAUUUACCAGGAUACCAAGCCGGAAAGCUGCCUUUAGACGAUACUGGAAUGCCAUUAUCUCAACCAGCGAGAACUGAUACACCUUCAUUAGGAGGUUUUGGUAGGUCUUUAGCAGAACAACCACCGCCAAUGCUUCCCCUAGAUGAUAAAGGGAGACCGAUAUCACCAGCGGAAGUCGAUAAAUAUUUACCAGGAUACCAAGCCGGAAAGCUACCUGUAGACGAUACUGGAAUGCCAUUAUCUCAACCAGCGAGAAUUGAUACACCUUCAUUAGGAGGUUUUGGUAGAUCUUUAGCAGCACAACCACCACCAGUGCUUCCUCUAGAUGAUAAAGGGAGACCGAUAUUACCAGCAGAAGCCGGUAUAUAUUCACCGGGGCAACAAGCCGGAGUGUUGCCUGUAGACGCUGCUGGAAUUCCAUUAACUCAACAAGCGAGAACUGAUGGUCUUCCACCAAGAGAUGUCGAUGGAACUUUGCCAGAGCAACAAACCAGAAUGCUUCCUCUAGAUGAUACAGGAAGACCAAUAUCACAGGCAGAAGCCGAUAAAUAUUCACCGUGGCAACAAGCCGGAAAGAUUCCUGUACACGAUACUGGAACACCAUUAACUCAAGCAGCGAGAACUGAUGGAUCUGCACCAAGAGAUGUCGAUAGAACUUUACCAGAGCAACAAACCAGAAUGCUUCCUCUAGAUGAUACAGGAAGACCAAUAUCACAGGCGGAAACCGAUAAAUAUUCACCGUGGCAACAAGCCGGAAAGAUUCCUGUAGACGAUACUGGAACACCAUUAAUUCAAGCAGCGAGAACUGAUGGACCUCCACCAAGAAGUGUCGACAGAUAUUUGCCAGAGCAACAAACAAGAAUGCUUCCUUUAGAUGAUACAGGAAGACCGAUACCACAGGCGGAAGCCGAUAAAUAUUUACCGGGGCAACAAGUUGGAAAGCUUCCUGUAGACGCUGCUGGAAUACCAUUAACUCAAGCAGCGAGAACUGAUGGACCUCCACCAAGAGAUGUCGAUAGAACUUUGCCGGAGCAACAAACCAGAAUGCUUCCUCUAGAUGAUACAGGAAGACCGAUACCACAGGCGGAAGCCGAUAAAUAUUUACCUGGGCAACAAGCCGGAAAGCUUCCUGUAGACGCUGCUGGAAUACCAUUAACUCAACAAGCGAGAACUGAUGGUUUUCCACCAAGAGAUGUCGAUAGAACUUUGCCAGAGCAACAAACCAGAAUGCUUCCUUUAGAUGAUACAGGAAGACCAAUACCACAGGCAGAAGCCGAUAAAUAUUUACCUGGGCAACAAGCCGGAAAGAUUCCUGUAGACGCUACUGGAAUACCAUUAACUCAACAAGCAAGAACUGAUGGAUUUCCACCAAGAGGUGUCGAUAGAAUUUUGCCAGAACAACAAACCAGAAUGCUUCCUCUAGAUGAUACAGGAAGACCGAUAUCACCAGCGGACGUCGAUAAAUAUUCACCCGGACAGCAACCUGGAAGACCAAGAACUGACGAACCUUCAGCAGGUGCCGAUAGAGCUAUACCAGAGCAGCUUACCCGAAAACUUCCUUCAGAUGACAUCGACCGCACAACUUCGUAUCCGCCAGAGUUGAGAUUGGAAGAUAAAGAAAUGAAGGAUUUAAAAGAAAAAGAACUUUGUAUAUGCAAUGAAAUACUUGAAAAUAGACAGGACUGUCUUCGUUUAAAUGAGCUAGUGAAGGAUCUAGAAGAUCAGUUAAGAAAAGUGAAAAGUGUCGAUCCUUUUUCAGCUAAACAAGUUGACUUAAUGAAGGAAAAUGAAAAACUUAAAAAAGAGCUGGAGAAAACGCAAGAUGUAGCUGUAGGUCAAUCACCUAUGAAAGAUGGUAUACCAACCAAACAGCAAACAUACGAUACAAAUUUGGACGACCUGAAGAAGCAAUUAGUCCAAGCAGAUAAAGAGAAGGAGCAGAUAGACAGAGGUGCACUAACAGCAUUAAAAGACUAUCCAAAGAAUGAGAAGGAUUUGGUGAACGAAUUGGAAAAUAUGAAGAAACAACUGCUAGAUAUGCAAAAAGAAAAUGAAAAAUUGAAUUUGAGACAGAUGCCAGAAUCACAGUUGAUAACAGAGUUAGAAAAACUAAAGAAAGCUCAGGACGAAUGUUUAAAGAGAGAGGCUCAACUUGAAGAUAUGGCAGCUAAAAAGCAAGACUAUCCGAAAGGUGACAAAGAUUUGGUAAAUGAACUGGAGAGUAUGAGGAAAAAAAUGGCGGAAAUGGAAAAAGAAAAAGAAAAAAUAAAUCUAGCUCAAUUACCACAAUCAAAAUUAAUAGAUGAGUUAGAGAAAAUAAAAAAGGAACGAGACCAAUCUAAAGAUGAAGCGGAGCAGCUGCGCCAUGAAAUCCUAUUUCCCGCGGACGGUCCAAAGCCAGAUUCCAAAUUAUUGGAUGAGUUUGAAAGACUGAAGAAAGAACGUGAUCAAUCUAAAGCUGAGGCGGAGCAAUUGCGUAAAGAGAAACUGCUCUCACCGGAAGGGCAAAAACUAGAUGCCAACUUACUAAAUGAAUUAGAAAAACUAAGGAAUGAAAGAGAUAAAUAUAUGCCUGAAGCUGAGAGAGCGGCAACAGGUAAACCAACAGCGGUGGACGGUCAAAAGCCAGAUACCCAUCUGCUGGAAGAAUUAGACAAACUGAAGAAAGAACGUGAUCAACUUAAGGCUGAAGCGGAACAAUCGCGAAAAGAUAAACUACUCUUACCUGAAGGCCAAAAACCUGAUACUAAUUUAUUAAAUGAGUUAGAGAAACUGAAGAAAGAACGUGAUAAAUACAUGGCCGAAGCUGAGCGCUUAGCAUCUGGUAAACCAUUGAGUGCAGAUGGCCAAAAACUAGAUUCUGCUGAGAGACCAGCAACAGGUAAACCGACAGCGAUUCAAACUGAAGCAGAACAAGUACCUAAAGACAAGCUUCUCUCACCUGAAGGCCAAAAACCAGAUACUAAUUUAUUAAAUGAAUUAGAGAAGCUUAAGAAGGAACGUGAUAAGUACAUGGCCGAAGCUGAGCGUUUAGCAUCUAGUAAAAGUGUAAGUGCGGACGGCCAAAAACCAGAUUCCAAAUUAUUAGACGAGUUGGAGAAACUGAAAAGUGAACGCGAUCAAUGUAAGGCUGAAAUAGAACAGCUGCGGAAAGGCGAUGGUCGAAAACCGGACGAAUUAGAAAAACUGAAGAAAGAAGCAGCAAGUAAGCCAACGGAUGAUCAAAAAACGUUUACUAACUUGUUGGACGAUUUGGAGAAGCUGAAGAAAGAACGUGAUCAAAUUAAGGCUGAAGCGGAACAAUUACGCAAAGAGAAACCUGGAGCUGUGGAUAGUCAAAAAGCAGACCCAAACUUAUUAGCUGAAUUGGAGAAGUUGAAACAGGAACGUGACAAACUAUCGGCAGAAGCUCAGCGACUAGCAACAAGCAAGCCAACGGAUGAUCAAAAAACCAUCAACAACUUAUUGAACGAUUUGGAGAAGCUGAAGAAAGAACGUGACCAAAGUAAGGCUGAGGCGGAUCAGUUACGCAAAGAAAAGCCGGAAGCAGUGGAUAGUCAAAAGGCAGACGCAAACUUGUUAGCUGAAUUGGAGAAACUGAAACAGGAACGUGAUAAACUAUCAGCGGAAGCUCAGCGAUUAACAGCAACUAAGCCAACGGAUGAUCAAAAAACGUUGAACAGCUUAAUGAACGAUUUGGAGAAGCUAAAGAAAGAACGUGAUCAAAGUAAGGCUGAGGCAGAUCAGUUACGAAAAGAAAAACCGGAAGCAGCUGAAAUGGUGAAGUUAAAACAGGAACGUGAUAAAUUAGUGGCGGAAUCUCAGCGACAACCAACAAGUAAGCCAACGGAUGAUCAAAAAACAUACGCCAACUUAUUGGACGAUUUAGAGAAGCUGAAGAAAGAACGUGACCAAAUUAAGGCUGAAGCCGAACAAUUACGCAAAGAGAAACCGGUAGCUGCAGACAGUAAGAAACCAGACACAAACUUAUUGGCUGAAUUGGAGAAGCUGAAACAGGAACGUGACAAGUUAAUGGCUGAAGCACAACGAUUAGCUACAGGCAAACCAGCCGAUGGCCAAAAACCAGAUUCAAAUUUGUUGAACGAAUUGGAGAAACUGAAGAAAGAGCGAGAUGAAUGUUUCAAAAAUGAACAAAACUUAAAAAAACAAGUUGGAGAAUUGGAGAAAGAUAACAAAAGGCUUGCAACUGAACAAAAGAUAAUCGAGAAGUCUGUAACGAAUCUCAAAGGUAAAUUAGAGAAGGUAUCGGCCACCAAGAUCACAGAAACUGCGUCUAAAUUGAAGUUGUUAAAGGAACUGGAAGACCUGAAAAAGAAACUGGCCAAUCAACAGGUGGAAAAUGUUAAGCUUAAAACAGAUUUGGACACAAGCAGCGUCAAAGGUAUGGAUUACGAAGACGACAAUGCCAAACUGAAAGAGCAGUUAAAGAAAUUGGAGGGAGAGAACAAAAAUCUUAAGACCCUAAACGAAAAAGCGGCCGACGAGAAUGCGAAGCUUAAGAAGGACGUGAUGGCUGGAGACAAACCUGUAAAAGAUGUGGACGGUCCAAUUAAAGAAAACCAAACCUUGAAAGCUAAACUGGCUGAUUUGGAAGCUGAACUAUCUAAACUAAGAAAACAGCCAGAAUUAUCUCCAGCAGCCGCAGCAGCAGCAGCAGCGGCGGCAAUCCCUCAAGAUGAUUUGAAGAAGAGGUUAGCUGAACUCGAGGCACAGAAUGCCAAAUUGAAGAAGGAUUUGGAAUACGCUCAAGGUGAUGUAAAAUCCGCCACAACUGGUAUGAAUUUGAUAACUAAGGAGAAUGAUCAACUUAAGAAAAGAUUGGCGGAACUCGAAGCUGCGCUGGAUAAGGCUCGUACAACUGGAGGAGAAAAAGUACCAGAGGGAGCAGUUAAACCCGGUGGACCAGCCAAACCUGACGUACCAACGAAACCAGAUGCAGCAGCGAAACCUGAAGUACCAACGAAAGCAGAUGUAGCAGCCAAACCGGAUUCAGCAGUCAAACAGGAGAAUGAAAAAUUGAAUAAGGAAUUAAAAGAAUUGAUGGCUGAACUGGAGAAGCUUAAGAAGGAGUGUGAUGUUACUAAAUUGGAAGCAGCGAAAAGUGACAAGGUGACCGCACCAGGUACAGAAGUUGAUGGGUUGACCAAAGAAUUGGCCAGCUUGAAAAAUGAUAAUGACAGAUUAAAAAGGGAGUUGGAGAACCUCAAAAACAGUAUGAAUAAAAACAUGUCAGAUUCGGAGAAGGCCAAAAAUGACGCUGAGAACAAGGUCAAACAGUUAUUGGAUGAAAUCGAAAAGCUUAAAAACGAAUGUAAUAUUACAAUUGCCGGUUUGAAAGAGUCCUUUGAAAGGGAUGCUCAAAAUUUGAGAGAGAAGAACAAUCGAAGUAUUAACAAGCUGCAGCAAGCCCAGCAUGAAAGCUUCAAGGAUUUGACCAACACCUACGAAACCGACAUUAAAAAAAUGCAAUACGAGUUAAAGCUGUUGCGUCAACAAAACGAACAAUCAGAAAAUGACAAAGCUAAAUUGAAAAACGUCAUGGAAGAGCAAAGCAGAAAGAGCUUGGACAUCAAACGCAAAGUGGAACAGGUGGAGGAGGUGAUGAAGCUUGAGAGGGAAAAGAGCAGAAAUUUGGAGAACCAAAUCAAAGAGGAGCGCAGAAGAAGCGAAACUCUCGCCAGCGUUAUUACAAAAGAGAAAAAGGAGAAAAGGGAGAUGGAACUGAAAAUGAAAGAGGAGGCGAUGCGGAAUGAGGUACUGAAAGAAAAGUUCUUCGAGGAAAGAGAGAAGAGCAUGGGUUUGGCCGACACCAUAUCCCAGUUGAAGUAUACGGCUUACGCAACGAUCACAAUAAGGGACUACGACCAAAAGUCGGAGCCACUAAUGCAGAAAAAGGUCGAGUCUGCCGACAAGGCGAUCAACGAGGACAGAUCAUUGGCUUCGCUGCUGCAUGGAAAGCAUUCGAAAGGUUCGCAGGAGGCGAGGUCUCAAACCAGGAGAAAGUCUAAGGACGAUGAAGGUUUGGAACAGCGGGACAACUUGGAGAAGAAAAGGAUGGCCUCGCAAACUGACAGAAGUGCUGCUGGUGACAAGAGUAGCGGUAUUAGCAGAAGUCAACCUUCCACCACCCAGACUGACUACAUGGAAGCAGGAGAACGACCCGAGAGAGGAUCUACACCGGUGCCAGAUGUGAUAACCAUAACAGCUCCGUACGAUAAACUGUGUCGUCCAAGACAUUGUUGCACGUGUAAAACUUCGAAAUGCGUCUGCAAUACAAUCCUGAAAAACACUUUACACAAGGCAGAAAAGGAUGGGCUUCAGUCGCUGAACUUCAAAGAGCUUCAAAAUUUGUCAAUGAAAAUUACUGACGCCAUGUCCAAACUGAGCAACCUUCCAUGCAAAGAACAAAAAAAGAACACCCUUCUUCAGGACGAGGAUAUUUUCAAGUCAAUCGACAAGCAGAGCCUGAUUCAAAGGGUGAACGCUUUAGAACAGGACCUGUUGAAAAAGGAAUACGAUUCUAACCUUAAAAUCGAGGAGCUUCAAGGUUCCAUCAAGUUGGAACGGGAGAAACUAGAAACGCUCAAGAACAUUCUGGCGAAGGAGAUCAAGAAGAACAGAUGCCUUGUCCAGAAAAUGGAUUCACAAGUGUUGGACGCUUCAAAAUGCACUGAAGAGCACGAACCACGUAGAAGGUCUCAGUCAUUAACGCCGGGUAUUACAUGUAAGAGGCAGGAUGUCAAAAAGAGAUUGGACGUGGAUCUGUUAAACGAAGCAAGGUUUAACGAAAUUCUUAGGUCUCGAAGGCAAGAAAGACCCAAAUGCAGCAAAUCCGGACGAAGAUUCUGAGAAAAGUUUUCAUCAUUACAUUUCCAUCUUGUAUUGUUAUUGUAACGGUAUUGAAAAUACCAUGUCUUUGGAAUAAUAAAAUUAUUAAAAGAAAAA